CAAAGCUCUUAAUAAGCACUAAUGGAAUGACUAGUUUUAUUCUUCUACAUAAAAAUUGUAUUAAUAUCUCCUGCAUUGCCUGUAGCAGUAUCUACAUCAAUGAAUUAUGUUGCCUUUUUAAUCGUGUUUGCUGCAGAGUUGAGUCUAUUAGCCAAUACUUUAAUGUGUUUGUUUUUGUCUCUUAUUAUAACAAUUGUGACAUUAAUGAAACUAUCAAUAGUCGGUCACGUUAUCUCGUGGAGUCUAUCGGCCUCGGCAGUAUUGUACAUUACUUCAGUCCUCACGCGCGUACCGUCAUGAUAUUCACGGUGAUACUCGUAGUUACUUUUCUACUAACCUGCGCGGGAGUUUCUCAAGAUCCUGUGGAAGGACCGGCUGGUGUCGCUAACAUACCCAACGAGGAGAUCUUCGGAGACCUUGGCCAACCCCUCAGAAUCCGAUGUCUUGUGUACGGUUACCCAACACCGACUAUCUACUGGUACCGGGGUCUGAACGGGCCUAUGGUGCCCUACAGCAGCUCACUGUAUGAAGCUAGAGACAACGUCUUACUAAUCAGGAAACUGAACGAAGAGACUAUCGGAGAGUAUGCUUGUCACGCAUAUAACGGAAUAGGCUCGUCGGCGAUAUGGCCUUUUGUGGUUCAAGCGAGCCGACCCGACGGAUCUGUGGAGAUACCUAAACAUGUAACCCAACUUGAAGUCCCGGUUACGACCCCACAGAUACAAACCCAGGCAUCUACCACACCAGCACCAGAAAACCAGGUUCCACUCUACGCCGUGCCCGUGACAACCCGUAUCAACGCAGAGCGAACUCAAGUGGUGGCCGGCUCGGAGAUCAGAUUAGCAUGUGACGUAGAUGGCUACCCUGAGCCGCGUGUGCAAUGGACCAAAGACAGGAUGCAGCUCACAGCCACAGACAGGAUACAAAUCACAGAGACACGUUUGACAAUAUUCCGGGCACAGUCGAAUGACAGCGGCGAGUACAGCUGCGAGGCGGCAAACGAAUACACGUCACAUUCAUCUGUCAUCAACGUCGCUGUCAAAGGUAUCUACAUACCACCAACGUGUGUGGAUAGCCCGUACUUCGCGGAUUGUCACCUCAUCAUCCGCAGCAAUUUCUGUCGUCACAAAUAUUAUUCUAAAUUCUGCUGCAAGUCCUGCGUGGAAGCCGGACAGCUGGAAGCUGAAGAAGCGGAGCUGAUGCAGGCCGAUAUGUCAUUUAGAAGGAAGAAGUAACGAGAAAAUAACGGCUUAUUAGGGAGUUCUAACGCCAGUUAAUGUAUUAUAGAUAAAAUUUGAUAUCGAAAUUUACUUAAAUUAAAAAAAUAGAAAUAAAUUUCGUGAAAUAUGAAUUUUAAUACCGUUAUAAGCAUAAUAAUAUAUAUUAGGUUUAGAUUUUACUGUCAAAUAAAUUUGCAUGAAAACAAAUUUUAUUAUUUUAAGUAGGUAAUGAUAUUUUAAUAAAUUUAAAGAUUUUGAAAUAUCCAGAAUGUAAAAUGAAACAAAAGUGCCUUAAUAAUCUAAAAAGUGUGUACAAAUUAAUUAUUAUAAGAAAUUUGUAACAUAACAUAAAUGUAAUACAAACUCUUACGGUGUUAUUACAAACAAAAAUUUAAACAUGGCUUAGACACGUGUUUUGUUAAACACAUAAAGACACGGAUUCGUAAUAGGGCUUUUUAAAACGCUUUAUAUUAGCUUCACCUGUAUGUUUGUAUGUUUGUAACCGACUUCUUUGAGCGCGAUUUUGACUCACUUUAAACGGCUAGAUUCAAACUUUGUAGAUUUAUCAAGCACCGAUGACAUUACACUAAUUUGAUAAAAUUAUACUAAAAAAUGAAAAACAAAUAAUAGUUAAAAAAAACUAAAAAGCACGCUUUAUAUAAAAUUCAACUAAAAAAUAGAAAAUAAAUUUAAAUUGAAAAUAGUGUAAAAAACUAUAUAUGAAGUGUAGAAGAAUUAUUAUAUUAAUAAUAUCUUAAAAAGCACCCCACGCUUUUUUUACAAUAAAAUAUAUUUUUUUACACUAUUUUCAAUUUAAAUUUGUUUUCUAUUUUUUAGUUGAAUUUAAUAUAAAGUGUGCUUUUUAGUUUUUUUUAACUAUUAUUUAUUAAUACAAGUGUUUUGUAAUAACACCGUUAAUAUUUAUACAAGAUAGUAUUUAAAUUUUAUAUAUAGAAUAUUUACUAUACUAUUGUGAUCUCUCAUACUCACUCGCAAUAAGUUUACAAGAAUCUCUUUUUAUAUAAUCAAAUCUCAACUUUUUCUAUUCUAAGAUUAAACGAAAUAUUAUACGAAAGAUAGUAAAAAUAUUAAGUUAAUUAAGUUUUCGAGAUACUUCACUAACGCCCUAUUCCUGAAACAACUUCAUUCCAGUUUUUAUAAUUAAUAACAACUUCCAAUGAAUGCAUUUAUAAACACAAUAAUUAUCUGAGCGAUCCAAAUAAAUAUAUAAAAGAGAAAUGAACUUAUCACUAACGUGCUAUUUUCUAAAUAAUUAAAUCGACUGUCACCAAACUGGAAUGGAAUCACUGGCCAGUAGUGAUUUUAUGGGUGGCCUAAAAAUUUUAUCAAAAUCGCUGAGUAUAUAUCUUAUAUUUAUAUUUGACUGUUCUAAUUGCACGCCUCGGCGAGUUUGUGGUUUAUAACCGCCCUGUCGAGCUCACACGAUUUCCACACUUUAAAUUGCAUAUUUUUUUCUAUUACUCUUACACAUUAUAAAAAGCACAUCAAUAUAAAGCUGAGACACAAAUGAAUAAUCCUGAUACUUUUUUUAAGUUGUCGAAUACGUACAUUAAAAAAAAAAUAUCGUGAAAGUCCAGUAGUGUGUGGUUCAAAAAAACGGCGUGGUACGGAUAUCUCGAAAAGACUUAUACUAUUUUCACUAUUUUCACAAUUAAGCAGAGAAGGUUCCUUUCGAAAAUCAUUACUGUAAGCCUUCUCGUUUUUUUUUAAACGCAGAUGAUUAAAUUUUAUUCGAAAUUUAACUUAAAAAAAAUAAAGCAUGAGCGUUCGAGGCGUGCACUUUUAGAUUUUCCAAUUUUUUAUUUUAUAUAUGUUUAUAGUACGCUUUAUAAGUUUCUUGUGAUCCCUCUGAUGUUAUAAGAGUAAAGAUCGCGGUGGUAACAUACCAAUUACUCUCCAGUGACCCGUAUGCUCUCUUCUUCCAUAAAAAAAAUAUAUUAUAUCUUAGUAUGGGUACUGUAACAAAUCAAUUCCGGGGAAAAUAACGCACCAGCUACAUAAACAGAUACCACUAACAAAACAACGAAAACUAAUCUCAGAUAGAAACAAUACCUAUUUAAAUAUAUCGUGUCCAAGAAUAUGUAAAUAAAAAUGUGAAAUAGCUCUUCACACAACUAAUAA